AUGUGCGAGGCUGGGCUGAUCGCACCAGAGCCCUCCGGCCCCAUGCAAUACUAUGGUGAGUCCUCCGACACCUACUACCAUGUGGACCGCUGGCAGAGGCUGCGCACGGCUGUCAGGAAGCUGGAGUUCUGGGAAAGCUUCAACGCCGAGCUGAUAGGCAGCGGCUUCUUCUCCAAGGUCUACAAGGUGACCCAGGCUGCUGCUUGUAAAGUGAUGGUGGUGAAGAUCUACAAGAACGACGUGGACCAAGAGGUGAUUGUGCGUGAGAUCAGCCUGCUGCAGAAGCUGUCCCACCCCAACAUUGUCAGGUACCUUGGGAUAUGUGUGAAGGAUGACAAUCUGUACCCCAUUCUGGAGUACGUGAAUGGGGGGUGCCUGGAGGAGCUCCUGGCCAGCAAAGACAUCACUUUGACAUGGAAGGAAAAAGUGGACUUAGCUUCUGACAUCACCAGAGGCAUGAUCUACCUGCACUCCAAGAACAUCUACCACCGGGAUCUCAACUCCAAGAACUGCCUCAUCCGAGUGACACCCCGGGGCCGCGAGGCGCUGGUGACUGACUUUGGGCUGGCCAGGGAGGUGGUGGAGCUGCCCAUGAAGGAUGUGGAGAGGAAGCUGUCUCUGGUGGGCUCUGCUUUCUGGAUGGCUCCUGAGAUGCUGCGGGGAGAGCCCUAUGACCGGAAGGUGGACGUGUUUUCCUUUGGCAUUGUUCUCUGUGAAAUCCUGGGCAGGAUCCCAGCUGAUCCCGAAGUGUUGCCCAGGACUCAGGAUUAUGGCUUGGAUGUUGCUGCCUUCCAAGGGAUGAUCAGUGAAUGCCCCAAGCAGGUGAUGGACCUCGCUGCUAGCUGCUGUCGGGUGGAAGCAUUUAAGAGGCCAUCUUUCUCUGAAAUCCUGGAUGAGUUGGAAGAUGUGGCGGAGAGCCUGGAGCCUAGGAGGGACAACCAGCUUUCGGGCUGA